AUGUCCUGGAGACUGAACAAAUCAAUUCUAUCGGAUGUGACAGUGGCUGAUAAAAUAGGCCAAACCAUACGAGACUACUUCCAAGAUAAUGAAACGGAGGACGUGACACCAAUGACAUGCUGGGAAGCACACAAGACGGUAGCAAGAGGCCAGAUUAUAGCAAUAUGCGCGAAUCGCAAAAAGACGGCGGUACGGGAAAUAACCAGGCUGAGCAGCGAAAUUGCGACCCUGGAAGCCAGACAUAAAAGAACCUUAGAAACAACAAUAUACAGAGAGCUAACAGAUAAACGCAACCAGCUCACAGCGCACCUUAACAGGAGGAUCCAACGCGCGUACGAACACUACAGACACAUGAUAUAUGAACACGGAGACAAGUGCGGGAGACUGCUGGCGAAUCUCCUGAGGCAACGUAAGACACAACUGUAUAUACCGAAAAUAAAAAACGCACAGCAGCAAAUCAGACACCUCCCAGAACAAAUAGCAACGGAGUUCCAACGAUACUACCAGGACCUUUACCACCUCCACAAGGAAGCACAGGACGACCAGAGACAUCAGAAAACGGCAGACAUACGCCAGUACCUGAACUCAGCAAACAUGCCAGAUAUAACGGAAGCAGAGAAAGACGCGCUAGAAGCGCCUAUAACACCCGAAGAGUUGGCAUACGCCAUCAAGAAAGCUAAAACGGGGAAGGCACCGGGGCCAGAUGGACUGCCCCUCCAAUACUACUAG